AUGACGGAGGUACAUUUCAAGUACCAUUGAAAUCUCACUGGGCGAGCCCAUUUCCCAACCUUGGCAACAGAGGUUGACACCACUUCAGAUAAGUAUUCCAACCUGUACAUGUACGUGGGCUUAUUCCUAAGCCUCCUGGCCAUUCUUCUCAUCCUGCUCUUCACAAUGCUCCUUCGACUCAAACACGUCAUCUCACCCAUAACAUCUGAGAGCACAGAAAGUGUUCCUCAAUUCACAGAUGUAGAGAUGCAGAGUCAAAUCCCAACUCCUUAA